CUCGAAGUCCUCCGGGCAGAUCUCUGCCAAUCGGUACCAUUCUUUCCGGGAAAGCUUCCCGGAGAACAAUCUGCUCGGUUUCAUCACUCGGCUCUAACUUUGACUAAGAUACCCCGGUCGGAAAACACAGACACUGAUAUGCUUUCGAAGUUAAUGCAAUCAUGUCCGGAGCAUGUGUUGAGGUUGGUUAAAAUUGAGAGUUUAGAUCAACCAAGUACUGAUCGGUUUGAAAUCGCGGCUAUCCAACCGGGCCAGAAUUUGGCAACCGGGAUAAUCGGACCAGAUGAUGACUGGAGGUACGAUCUCAUGGAAUAUUUGGAGACCGGUCAGAAACUAGAUGACGAGGAACGGGCCAGGAAGGUGGUCCUGCGGGCUCCCCGUUUUCAGGUAAUCGAUGGUCACUUGUACAAACGUGCCAUUGGUGGACCUCUCCUGCGUUGCCUUACCAACCCGGAGGCUAAACGGGUAAUAGCUGAGGUGCAUGAGGGAGUUUGUGCAGCCCAUCAAAUGUCUCGCACCCUGGCUCAAAGGAUAAUAUUGCUUGGCUACUACUGGCCGACCAUUGUUGGGGAUUGUGAGCGGUAUGUCCAGAGAUGUAGGACGUGCCAGUUUCGUAACCCCCGGUUCACUGAGUACUUGGCUAGUUUUGGAAUCAAGCACAGCAAGGCCUCAGUAGCUUAUCCACAGGGAAAUGGCCAAGUUGAAAAUGCUAACCGGACGAUAGUGGACGGCCUAAAGAAGAGGUUGUGUGAAGAAGGACAUAAAUGGUUGGAAGCUUUGCCUCACACGGUCUGGGCGCAUAGAGUGACUUCAAGAAGGGCAACCGGAGAAACUCCAUUUGUGCUCACUUACGGAUGUGAAGCCCGGUUGCCAGUUGAAGCAGAAAUUCCAACAUUUAGAGAAACCGUGUACCAGCCCGGUCAGAACGAGGUCGACCACCUAGCUGAGUUAAAUUUGGUGGAAGAACGAAGGACCCUAGCAGCUGUCAAGAUGGCCGGUUACCAGCAGUCGGUAAAGAGAUAUCACGACAACCGGGUGGGCCCACGGUACUUCCAAGUGCAUGAUGAGGUCUUGCGCAGACGGGAUGCUAGUAAACCUAACGAGAGAGGCAAGUUGGUGCGAAAUUGGGAAGGACCCUAUCGCAUAAAGGCGAUCAUCCGGCCGGGCACUUACCAACUAGAGACUAUGGAAGGUGGCUGGGUUGACCGACAUUGGAACUCUCAUCACUUACGUAAAUUCUUUAGAUAAAGUGUAAUGAGUUCCCUAGGUGUUAAUAAAACUUUGUUCUUUUC